AGUGAGCUAGUCAUUCGGCAGUCGAGCUGUCUUGUAUACACAUGUUUUGUCGAGUAGCUUUAGCGGGAUGCAUCAGUUUGUUUCGGUAAUUAUCGAGGGCUUUCACGAUGGAUGGAUUUAAAUCUAAUUUAAGUAGCGAAAGAAAUAUUAGGUGUCAAUAUAAUUGAUGGAAAAUCUUUAAGUUUGUCAUUUUUUCCUGGCUGGAAAAUGCAGUGCUUCUGGAAAAGCUUGCAAAAACAGAUUCAAAAGAUAAGGAUUUUUCAGUUUGUCUCCAGUGGGAUUUAAGUCAAGGAGUCUAAGUUAUUCAGUGAAUGAUUUAUGAAUGGAGAGAACAGCCUGUAGAUAAGUUGAAACAAUAGUAAAUUUUUCUUGGAUGUUUAUGAUGUGUCCCAGAAGGGUAGGCAUUGCUAUGAUUGAAUAGAAAAACUGAACCAAGAGGAUGCCUGGAAUAUCUAUUCUGAUUGGAGUUUGUUUACCAAGGGAAUUAACUAAUGAGUAUAUUAGAAGCUAGUUGAUUGCCUCUACUCACAAAUCUUCAAUACUUUUCUUCGAAUACUUCCACUUUGGGUUCUUUUACUGAAAAUGUUAUAUAUGGAGGUUAUUUUGAUAUAAAAGUCAGUGAUAUCUUGUAGUUAAUCUAAAAUUGGUGUAUUUAUAGUUGGAUUAAAAUGAUUUAAAAGAUCAUUUAGUGGAAUUAAUUCUGAGAAGGAAAUUGCCUCAGUUGCAUUGCACCAAAUUAAAACGUAAUGAAAGUGAGUUAUUUGAAAAAAUGAAAUUUAUUUUUAUAGGUGGUAUUAAUUAUUGUAUGCUAAAAUGCAGAAAUGAGGACCAUUAAUGGAAGAGACUUUUUCCUCAUGUGAUAUUUAUUGUGACAUUUCGUGAAAAGGUUGAGAAAGGAGAAAAGAGGAUAGAAAAUAUAGAUGGACAUAAAUAAUUGGAUGAACCCCUAAUUAGGGGUUGAAGGAUCAUAGAGUAAAGGAUUAGUUCGAGGUUAACUCAAGUAACAUGAUGAAAUGGUCAUAUAAACAGAAAGAAUGCUGUUGGAAUGGGAAAAAGGCAUACAUUCGAGAAGGAACGGCUCUACAGCAGUUGGGCCAGCAUGCAGAUGCAUUGGCUGCGUUUGCAGCAGGACUUGCACAAGACAACAACAAUACUGGUCUUCUUACAGGGCUUAUAGAUGCAGCCAUAAAAUGUCCGCUCAAAGAAAAACUGGAACCAAUCUUCCAACAGCUACAACAGCUGAAACUGGACAAGAGCCCAUUUGUUAUCAUCUCUGUGAUUGGCCAGGAGCUUCUACAAGCCGGCCACUAUCAUGCCUCGACACAAAUGUUGGAGGCAGCCUUGAAAAUAGGCACCUGCAGCCUGAAGUUAAGGGGAUCAGUGUUCUCUGCACUCAGCAGUGGGUACUGGGGCCUCGGAAAUAUAGACAAAGCAAUUACAUACAUGCAGAAAGAUUUACAAGUUGCAAAGAAUCUUGGAGAUGCAGAGGGAGAAUGUCGUGCCUAUGGCAACCUGGGUUCAGCCUACUUCUCCAAAGGUCAUUACAAAGAGGCUCUAUCACAUGACCGGUUUCAGCUGGUUUUGGCAAUGAGGCUGAAAGAUCGUCAGACUGCAACAGUUGCUCUGGGACGGCUUGGUCAUGUGUACACAGCGAUUGGGGAUUACCCAAAUGCAUUACAAAGUCAUAAACAAUGUGUUUUAUUGUUAAAACAAAGCAAUGAAAAACUGUCGGAAGCACGAGAAAUCGGUAAUGUAGGUGCCGUGUAUUUAGCGAUGGGAAAUUUUGAAAGUGCUGUAGAGUGUCAUUUAGAACAUCUAAAAAUAGCAAAGAGUUUAAAAAACAGUGUGGAGGAGGCAAGAGCAUAUAGUAACCUCGGAAGUGCCUACCAUUAUAAGAGAAACUACGAAAAAGCAAUAGUGUAUCAUAAACAGGUGUUAAAAGUAGCUGAGCAAAAGAGUGAUAAAUCAUUAGAAGCUCGUGCAUAUGCGGGUUUGGGGCAUGCUGCUCGAUGCAUGCAAGAUUACAAUAUGUCCAAAACAUACCAUGAAAAACAAUUAGAUAAUGCCCUGCAGACAAGAGACAGAGUGGCCGAGGGUCGAGCGUGUUCAAAUCUUGGGAUUAUAUAUCAUCAGCUGGCUGAAUAUGAUGCUGCAUUGAAGUUACAUAAAGUUCAUCUUUCAAUCGCAAAAGAAUUAAGUGAUCGAGCGAGUCAAGGUAGAGCAUUGGGCAAUAUAGGAAAUGCUUAUUGUGCAUUGAAUCAGUUUGAACAAGCAAUAAAAUAUAAUAAACAGGAAUUAGCAAUAUCUACGGAAGUGAAUGAUCGCCAUUCUGAGGGUUCAACGCAUGGAAAUCUAGCGGUAGCGUAUCAAACAUUAAAAAUGUAUGACAGUGCACAUCAGCAUUAUGUAGCUCAUUUAAAUAUUUCGCGGGAACUCAAAGACUCACAGAGUGAAGCAAGGGCAGUGUGCAAUCUGGGUAAUUUUCACAGUUCACGUGGAGAAUAUACAAACUCUAUACCUUACUAUGAGCAGUAUCUAAUGCUAUCUCAGGAAUUACAUGACUCGGAAGGUGAGGCUAAGGCCUGCUUCUGUCUCGGAUAUGCGCAUUUCGCACUUGGAAACUUUUUAGAAUCGGUCCGAUAUUACAAACAAGAUCUUUCUAUAGCUCAAGAAUUAAAAAAUCAGCUUGGCAUUGCCCGUGCUUACUGUAACUUAGGUCUUGCCCACAAAGCUUUGAACAGUUUUACUGAGGCUUUAGACUGCCAAAAGAAAUGUUUGAAUUUAAUGACAUCUUUGAAAAAUGUGAAAGGACAUUUUCGAUCACUUGGAAAUAUUGGUGAUAUAUUGUUAAAAACUGGAGAUACUAGUGAAGCAAUUAAAUUUUAUAAUCAGCAGUUAACGUUAGCCAAACAGUGCAACAGUCAAGAUAUGCUGGCGUCUGCUAAUGGUGCGCUGGGUUCGGCACACAGGGUGCUGGCCCAGUAUGAUAAAGCUCUUGCCUUUCACACACAGGAAUUAAGUAUAAGGCAGGAUAUGAAUGACCUUAAAGGCGAGUGCCGAGCACAUGGACACUUGGGUAGUGUUCAUAUGUGCUUAGGAAAAUACAUGAAUGCAUUUAAGUGUUACGAAGAACAGCUUGAAAAAAGCCGGGAACUGCAGGACAGUGCUAUGGAAGCAAACGCAUGUGGAAAUCUUGCAAUUACUAAAAUGAAUAUGGGUAACUUUGAAGAAGCAAUAGGUUUAUUUGAACAACAGUUAGCGAUGUUAGAACAAGUUCAUGGGAACAAUGCAACUUUCGACAAAGGACGUGCUUUCGGAAACCUUGGAGAUUGUUACGAAGCCCUUGGUGAUUUCGAUGAAUCGAUAAAAUGUCAUGAACAAUAUCUUGCUAUUGCACAAAAUGCUGGUCAUUUGUCUGAUCAAGAUAAGGCUUACAGAGGUUUAGGAAAUGCACAUCGGUCUGUUGGAAAUCUUCAGCAGGCUCUUGUGUGUUUCGAAAAGAGACUGGUAGUUGCACACGAGUUAAACAGCCAUGCUGCUAAGGCUUCAGCCUAUGGGGAGUUAGGAUGCUUGCACAGCCUUCUGGGUAAUUUCGAGCAAGCGAUUUCCUGUCUGCAGCAUCAGUUGACUAUAGCGCAAGAAAUGCAGGAUAGUUUAUGUGAAGGGGAUGCAGCAUGUGGAUUGGGCGGCGUUUAUCAACAGAUGGGAGAAUAUGACAAAGCCCUGGAAUACCAUGAGAUGGAUCUUAAAAUAGCUGAGAAUACAAACAAUACAGCCUGUCAAUGUCGAGCAUAUGGUAAUCUUGGACUAUCCCACGAGUCUCUGGGAGAGUAUACAAAGGCCAUUAAAUACCAGGAACAGCAUCUCAGUAUUGCGGCACAGAUGAAUGACAGAGUUGCAAAAACUCUUGCCUAUAGUAGCCUAGGUCGAGUGCAUCAUGCAUUAAAUAAUCAUAAGAAGGCAGUGGAAUAUCUACGUCAAGGUUUGCAGAUCGCCGAACAGCUUGGCCGCAUGGAGGAUGAAGCUAAGAUACGUCAUCGCCUCGGUCUCGCACUCUGGGGUAACAACGACCAUGAGGAGUGCCAGCAGCAGCUAUAUAAGGCAUCAGAACUUUUUGAAAGCAUCAGGCGUGAUGCCCAGUUCAACAGUGAAUAUAAACUGUCCCUGUUUGAUUUACAGACUGCUUGCUAUCAGGCAUUACAGAGAGUUCUUGUCACACUGGACCGACAUCCCGAAGCCUUGGUUGUUGCCGAGCGAGCAUGCACACGGGCAUUCAUAGAUCUGUUGAUGGAACGGCAAGCAGGAAGUGAAGGUUUCUAUGGUAACCAUGUCACAGAUCCUCCACCAAUCACGACAGAUCAGAUACUGAAUAUUGUACAGAAACAGAAGAGCAUGGUUUUAUAUUUCUCGGUGGCAUCAGGAUUUCUUUAUAGCUGGCUUCUGACACCAAGAGAUGGUAUUGUAAAGUUCCAUGUGACCAGUAUGACUGACAUUGAGAGCGAAGUGGAUGCAGGAGAUAAUAUCAGUAUGAAAUCUAGCGUUAGUUUCUCCGCUUGCUCCUUGCUUGACAAUAUGGUUGGCCAAGUACGAGAGUCGAUGGGUGUGGAAAGUCAUGCUCCCAGCGGACUGUCGAGAACAACACCACGAUCGGUCAGUGUGGAAAAUGAUAGUACAAGUGACAUUGAGGACCACUUUGAACAACAGUUAGAAGAACUUGGUGAUAAACUAAACGCUGAAAAUGAUCGAACAGGAUUUCUCAGAAUCGUGAACAGAAAUCACCUGUAUAAUAGUAGUAAUUACAGCCUUGGCAGUAUGUUCAGUUUAAAUGUAAGCCUGAAUGCUUCUUUUCCGGGAGCUACUAUCAGUCGGAAAAAUAGUGUUCGUAGUAAAUUUGGGAACAAAUCUGCAGUGUCAGCCCUCUAUCAGCUUCUGAUUGAACCUUUCGAAGAAUCUAUGAAGGAAAUUACUGAAGAUGCAGGAUCUAGUCCAUCAGAUCUAAUUCUUGUAUUGCAAGGGGAUUUAUUUUUGAUUCCAUUCUCAGUGCUAAGAAAAGAUCAAACGAUGGAAUAUUUGUAUGAACGUUUUAAUUUAAUAGUAGUGCCGUCGUUGACUUCAUUGCAGAAUACUAGCAAGCAUGAUAAACAUGGACGCCCUGUGAUAGAUUCUUCUGGUGCAGUUGUCGUUGGCAAUCCGAAGCUGACGCCUUCUAUUUGUCAGCAUUGGCAUUUACACGAUAUUCCUUCUUCAGAGUAUGAGGCAAGAAUUGUUGGUGAAAUAUUGACAGCAAGGCCUCUGAUUGGACAUGAAGCUACAAAAGGGGCGGUACUUAAUCAGAUUGAACAGGUGGAAGUGAUACAUUUUGCAACACAUAUUUCGUGGAAGCUUUCGUCUGUGAUAUUGUCGCCAGGUGAGGUACCGUCACACCCGCCGGCAAGAUUCCCAACGAUAGAUUCUGAUGACAGUGCUAGUGAUAUAAGUUCUUUCGAUGGACCAUCGUUAGCAGAAUACCUCUUAACAGCAGCUGAUAUACUCAAUCUCAAACUUCACGCCAAACUUGUCAUUCUUAGUUCCGGUUAUACCGAUGACAGAGCUGGGCGUAUAAACACAGACGGAGUUGUUGGUUUAACGCGUUCCCUUCUGUCAGCGGGCGCUCAGUCUGUUCUUUAUUGUUUAUGGCCAGUACCAGAUCAAGCAUCGAAACUUCUAAUGCGGACUUUAUAUAUUGGUUUGCAGGAGGGAAAAUGUGUCUCCCAAGCUUUAACUUUUGCAGUUAAAACUGUGCAGUCGACGAAACAGUUUUCACACCCAUCUAACUGGGGCGGCUGGGUUUUGAUUGGGCAGGAUGUGAAAUUGAGCAGCAAAGUAGCCCAGAUGGGUCAUGCCAUUUGUGAACUACUUCAGCAUCCAAACCAGUGCAGGGAGGCUAUGAGAGUUCUCCUUCAUCUGAUUGAGAAAUCUCUUCAAAGAAUCCACCAAGGUUCCAAGAAUUCAAUGUACACCACGGCUCAGUCUAUAGAGAACAAAGUGGGUGGCCUCAGCGGCUGGAAGGACCUACUGCAGGCAGUGGGUUUUAGGUUCGAGCCUUCACUGAACGGUCUCCCACCAGCAGUGUUCUUCCCUCAGAGUGAUCCUGGAGACAGAUUGACUCAAGCCAGUGCCAGUCUGCAAGCUUUGCUAGGUCUACCACCAGGAUCUUCACAAGCUCUGUCAAAAUUCCUGCAUAAUUACGAGGCUGGAGAGGCUAUCAUCCGUGUUAUGAGGGAUAUACUUAGCAAGAUGGCAGCGAAAGAUACAAACAUGGAUGUGAAGGUCAAUGUCAAACUAUGGAGAGUGGCAGGAUGUCAUGAGUUUUUGGCCUCAUUAAGUAUGGACCUUGUAGAGGUAGGAAACGAUGAGGUUACUUUACGGCUUGGUAAACAGGCCAACAAACGUCAGCUCCAGUUUGCACUGCAGUCUCUUGUUGCUGUCUUCGAUACACAGGAAGCUCCAUGUUCCCUGAACCUGGACAGUUCUAGCAGUUUGGAAAGUCUAUCAUCAUCUCACAGUGGGUCAACAUCCACUUCCAACUUCUCCAAGGGUAGCACACCACCAAUAUCACCCAGGGGGAAAAAGAAGUCCCUGUUCAAUCCUGCAGAAAUGGAGAAAAUGAGGAUUAGAAAUACUCGCAUGAGUCAGGGUGGUCUCACAGGUAGAAAGAUUGGACCUGGUAAAUCAACUCGUGCAGGGGCAACUGAUCCAGCAACGUAUCUGCAGUACCAAAACCAGAUAAAAUACAUGUAUCGAUCAGAAACACUCAGUCCUCCCUAUGGUAACGAGGUAUCUGUCGUUGCUCUGAGCGACAGUGACACCACAGCAAGUCCAACAUUGGGAAGCAGCUCUGCCAGCGAGAAAUUACGAGACUUGCAAAAUGCUGAGUCAUUCAAUUUAAGUUUUGAUGGGAAGAGUGAUAAGAGUAGUUUAAGCGGUAAAAGUGAUAAACUUCACAGCCCAGAUGUGAAAAGCAUGCAGUCAUCACUCAAUGGUGAUGAAGGUGAUGAUACGUCUGCAGAUAAUGAAACUGUGAUAAUACAUGAUGAAAGUGAUGGAUCGUUUAAAAGAAAUGGAGAAAACAGAAACUCAGAUAUAUCAGAUAACAGUAGUAUAAGUCAAGGUAUACAGGCAGAUAAAGAUUUAAGUAAACUAGGAUCUGAUAUGUCAGAUGUGAGUAUGAGUGAAGGACGACUGACACCAAAAAAUAGGCAGGAUUUGGAAAAUUACUUGCAAGUUACGGACGAAUCUGGAAUUGUGUCUGAAAACACAUCGUCAAAUCAUAGUGAAGCAUCGCAGCAAAGUGAGCAUACUAGUUACAGGUUUGAUCCAUCUGAAAUAGCACAGAAAAUAAUGUCUGAUGUUUCUGAACACAAAACAGCUCUAGACUCCAUGCAGAAAUUUAGUAUGAUGCAGGCUCAAGCAGAAGCCCAUAUUUUGCGAACUGAAUAUCAGAAACAAAAUCAACAAGUGAUUCUUGCAUCUUCGGGUGAAAAUAAUUCAACUGCCGUGCAUGAUAAUGUCUCAAAAGAACAAAACACAGUGCAAUCAAAAUUAGCAGCAUUUUCAGGAAACAACAUCAGUCAGUCAGCUUUCACUAGUCCCUCUCAUAAAAGCCGACUGCCUCCACCAGUUGCUUCGAAACCAACAUUCCAAUCAAACACGCCUGGAGUUCGUAACUCGUCAGCAAAUGUAUCAAACUUAUCUGCCAUUCCAAAAUCAUCAUCAGCAGAAGCUUUAGUUGAGCAGAUAUCAUUUUCUCCGUCUUCAUCUGUACAGAAACAGAGUAGUUCAUCUGUUCCAGUGACGCCAGUCUCAUCCAGUGUAUUUACAACGACUGCUAUUAUGGUAAGCAAGCAGGACAGUUUCUCGUCUAGUGCAAGUGCCGGCACUACGAUGUCAUUUAGUUCAUUUCGACCUGGUGGUAAACCCCCUUCAGCCGAAAAUGUUGCCAGCGUUUUGCAUCACCGCCCCGACAGCACCACCAGCACAAGUAGUUACUGUUCGACCCCAUCCUCCAUGCAGUCUGUUAUUUACCGACCAUAUGGAGACAAACGCAUACCUGAUUCACCCUGUGUAGUUUCCUACGAUUCUUCUAGUGAGCAGACGUCUGGGUCAGGGUCAGCAAGCACUAUCACACCCACUGUAAAUAUGACAGAAAAAGCUGACACUAUUCAAAAUGACGUGAUUUCUAGUUUGAAACGUGACUCAUCUCCAGCUUUAAGUUCCUGCUCAUCAACGUCUGGGAAGAGUGGCAAACAGAAGAAAAAAGUUAGCUUUUCUGAUUCAGAGCCAUCAGACACCCCUUCACCUUUAGAUUCAAGUGCUAGUUCAAACCAACUUUCUUACUUCGAUUUGAAAAAGUCUAGUUUUGGAAAUAUUCCCCCACGGACUGGAAAUAUGCAGCCACAAUUACAAAUGCAAAAAUCUCACCAAAACUCAUCAAAUAGUUCAUUAGACAGUGCAGGUAAAUUAGCUGCUGGCAAUUCUCAACGUCCUCCGCCACCUAGUUACCAAUAUGCAAUCAGAAACUCGCAACUUCUGCAGAAUAAAACUGCAAAGCCAGGAAUUUUACAACAGUCGCCGAGACAAAGUUAUUCGUCUAACUCAUCACUCAACAGUUCACUGGAUGAAGUCGGUCGUCUACCUCCUAGUCAGACGUCACCUGUUAGAACAUCAGGAAAUCAGCCAAGCUUUCAACAACAAAAUCAGUCAGAAUCAAAUAGCUCAUAUAUUUUGAAUCAGUCUUUACCUGCAGGGUCCUCAUUUACACAGAAUUUAAGUCAGUACCCAAAUCCAAACCAAAGCUACCCACCGCAGAACCUUUCAAAUAGAGUACCCAGAAACCAGGGUUUGUCACCAGUAAGAAACCCAGGCCUUUCUCCUGUGAGAAGUCCAGGUAUAUCUCCAGUGAGACAAAAUCCAGCUGCCCCGCAACACAUUUCACCAGAGCAGACGCCAGUCAUACCACCAAGGGGAAUAGCUCCUACAACUAGACCAAAUUACAUGAAAAUACCAGACGAAACGAUAUCACCUGGACAGCAGAUGCAAAGUUCAAGGUCAUAUGUGUCUGGUCCUAUUACACCAGGCCAAGGACACAUGUCAAGAGGACAGCUGCUUCCAAAUCAGCAGUACUCGGGCUCAUUGACGCACAUGACAGCUAUCAGAGAACAAAUUCCAAGUGAAAGCAGUAGUAGACCAAACUCUUUGCAGAUGAACAAUCCAGCCCUUUCACCAACGAAAUCGGCGUUGGUAAGGCAGCCAUUAUCUCCGCCAGAAGGAAAUCUUUCACCACAAGAAUAUUUUCCUCGUCCACCGGACCAAUUUCGCGGAUCUGGUUACAUUGACAACCAGCAAGGUCAAAAGAGUAUGACAAACACUUUCAGUCAAAUGAACUAUCAACGCAGUCAGUCUAUGGACUUUUUAAGUAGAAACGCUCAAAACGAUCAAAAUAAACUAUUGUCGCAGAGUUAUGAAAUGAAAGAUUUUCCAUCAAAAUUCUCAAGUUCUCAGUCACUUAACCAAAUUUCUCCCAGUCAUACAAGGAAUGGUCCUCCUAUUCCGUCUGCCAGUCAGAUUCGGGAAACACUAGUUAACAGAAAUGCGUCAGCCAAUCAUAUGUAUUCAGGCCAAAGUGCAGCCAAUAGAAAUACAGAAAGAAGGAAUCCACCAGUUCCCCCAGCUCGGAUAGACAGUUGGGAGAAUAUGGACAAACAUUUAAAUGAACAAAGAAUACCUCAUAACCAUGUAUCAAACCAUCCAAUAAACAAUACAUUUCAGCAGUUCUAUGAACAAAGUGAGCCUACUGGACAAAAGCAAAAUGGACAAGUAGUACCAAAUAACCCAAAUAAGAUCGUCAGCCAAAAUGGAUAUUUACCAGGAAGGGAACAAACAAACCAGAUGUUCAACAGUCAGACAAAAGUAUAUCCAAUGAACAACUCUCUACCACAAAGCCAUCACAAUUUCGCAAAUGGAAAUAUACCAAAUCUUCAGUUGAAUCCAACAAAUGUCGGUCCAUUACGUAGGGUAGGGAUAGGAUCGGAUAAGAAAAGUUUUGCCAAAUCCAAUGUGAUUCAAGCAUCCAAAUGUUAAGUUUUCUGUUUUCUGUAUUUUUGUAUUUAUUUAAAUGUCAGAGCCGUAUGAUUAAAGCUAUAUGAAGUUCAUUGAGUAUAUUAUAGACAUUUUUAAUUCAUCGUUAAAUUAUGUACAUUGUUAUUAUUUUCUUAUUCUGUCACGAAUCUCUUGUUUACAUUCAUUAUCUAGACAUCAUGUUGAUGGGUCUUAGAAAUCAUUUCGCUUACCGUGUGCAUUUAGAGUAUAUAUUUCAUUUACUGUAAAUAUUGUACAUUCAGAUAAGCAUUUUCUUGUAUUCAGUUUUGUUAAUUGACACAUGUACAAAAAAAGCUACAACUUGUUUGUAUUUUAUAUAUGUCACCGUUCUGAAUGAGGUUUUUCAGAACAGUUUUGAUUUAGCCACUUGAACAACAGACAUGUCAAAUGUAUGUCUGCAUCAUAUUCACUUGGAGUAUAAGUACCAUUCAGUUGGUAUUUUAUUUUGGGAAUUUUACACAGUGAGCACGGGUUUUUUCAUUUCGUUUUUGAUUCAAAUCCCUCCUCUGCAAGCUUAAGAAUCCCCUACUAAGAGGAAUUAGAAUUAAAAGCAUUUGACGAUUACAUAGCAAGUGUUUAACUAAUAAUUCACUUUGAUCUAACUAAAGAUGACAUUAUUUUGAUUUGAUACACAGUUCACCAGUUAUUUUUUUCACUGAUCAAAUGGAACAAGUUAAGUUUCGAUAAAAUAACUGAUCAAUUUGCCGCAUUUUUUUCACAGCGGCAGUACAUUUCAUGUGUGCUAUUUUAUGAAGAGAAAAUGUAAAUAUUAAAUAUAUAAUUUAUAGAAAUAUACAUUUAUCUAUGUGCUGUAUAGAACAUCGAUUUUCUGAUGUUUUAAUAUUAUAACCAAUUAUUUAUAUGAUUUCCUUUUUUGAGAGGGGAAUUAAAACUAACAUUGAAUAAAA